UCAACUCUGUUUCUCACACACCAGAUAACCACAAUGUCCCAAAAGGAACUGAAGCACCUAGGAAUAGCUUUGAAUCAGAAGAUGGUACUACAGCUUCAUCAUCCAUUUCAAAAGAACAAAAUUUAAAAAUCCCAAAGAAGAUGAUGAGAAUCAAAACAAGUGGAAGCACAAGAACAAAAUCAGAAAGUUUCAAUGAUCUUUCAUCUCCAGGGACAAAGACACCAACUUUGGUUGCAAGAUUAAUGGGUCUUGAUCUUCUUCCUGAUUCACAAUCCACAUCUUCAUCUUCUUCUUCAUCUCUCUCCACACCAAACAAAAAAAGCCAUUCUUCACAUCAUUCAAAGCAAAACAUCAAGAUAACAAAACACAGACACAGCACAGACAGUGUCAUCCGUUCAUUGCCUGAAACACCCUAUGAAAAAAAAUCAAAUGUUGUUGAGCAUAGACUGUCUCUACAAAUCAACAAAGAAAACAUAAGUGAGGAUUUAGAGACUCCACGGUUUUCAUUUUCAAAAUGGAAAUUUGAUGAAAAUAAUAGCAGAAGUCCAAGUCACUAUGCAAAGCAAAUUGUUAAACAGGUAAAAGAAAGUGUUAGUAGAAGAAAAGUUGGUGUUGACAUUACCAACACAGUCAAAAACAGAGAAAAAUCAAAAGAAGAUUUUGUUGAACAAUUCAAAUUGAAGAAAGUUCUUAAACCAUUAGAUGAAUCAAACCAGGGAAAACACUCAAAUGCAUCUAACUCUCCAAGACUUAGUAGAUUCAAUGAUACAAACCAGAAACAUUCUUCUCCAAAAGACCAAAUCCAAAACACACGCAAGGUACUAAAACAAUCAUCACCACCACCUGUAGUCAACAUUGAAGCACAGGUUUCAAGAGUUUCAAAGACAAAGACUCAAGAUUUGUCAGAGAAGGAGAUGAUGAUGAAGGACAAAAAAACUUUCCCAAAAUGCAAGAAAACACCACAUGGGAAUUUGAGUCCAAAGCUUAACAAAACUCCACAGACAUCAAUUAGAAACAAGCAAGAGGAAUCAUUCAUUAUGCGAUCCACAUCAACCACUAGAGCUAAUGACAUCAAAACCAAAACCAAAAGAACUCAUCCACUUUCAACUAAUCUCCUCAACAACAAUGUUCCAAAUCUUCUUCAUGUCAAAACAGAUCCUUCUCCUCCAGCUACAAAAAUUCCUCAAAAACAGGUAUGUGAUAAUUUCCAAGAAGUGAAAAAGGGGUCACAGUUAUUUAGUUGUCCGCCCCAGAAGUCCAAACAAGAAGCCUCACACACACUCGUCAACGAUGAAUCAGAAUCUAAUGGUGGCUUCACCGGCACCGGAGACGACAACGAAGGACUAGAAUAUGAGUACAUCACAACCAUUCUAAGCCGUACAGGAAUACACAGAGCAACAUUACCUAACCUUCAUUUUCAAUGGUUCUCUUCUACUCACCCAUUAGACCCUUCACUUUUUCACCGUCUUGAACUCUACCCAACAAUUCCCAAUAACCAUAAAGAUACAAACUUUACGAAAAAAAAUCAUUUGGGUCCUCGCUGUAAUCGUAGAUUACUGUUUGAUUUGGUCGAUGAAGUGUUGUAUGAAAUUCUCAUUAAACCAAAUUGUGAGCGAGGUUUAUUGUUACUGGAGACAGUGUGGAAAAGAGCUCGGAGUUUUCCACGUGCGAAAUGCAAUGACUUAGAUGACAUUGAUGGGUUGAUAGAGAUGAAAGAUGUGAUGGACAAAACUAAAGAAGAAGAAAAAGAAGGAGAAAAGUUGGUGGCGGAAAUUGAAGGAAAGAUAAUGGAGAUGUUGGUGUAUGAAACGUUAACCGUUAUGGUUGGUGGCGUGUGAGUGAUCCGAUGAACAUAGAAUACGUCUGAUUAAAAUGGAAUGAUUUAUGUUUUAAGUUUGGAAUUAUUUUUAAAUCUAAAUUUGAAAUAUGAAUCUUCUAAUCUUGAUUUGACGGUAAUGGUAAUGAUAUGUUUAACUGCAUUGUAUUCAGAUAUUGUAACUGCAGCUAAUCUGGAUCUUUGAUUGACAUGAAUCCUCACGAAAGAGAACGUCGUCCUUUCGAACAGAUAUUUUUCUUUGAAAUGAAAUAUAAUAAAAAAUUGAUCGAUUCUAUGAUUUUUUAAAUAUCACUUAUAUUACAUUUUAAAGAAAUUAAGUAUGAUUGUGAUGGUGAUAGUAGAAAGCUGGGAGACAUGAAACAGAGGGUGUCACAUGGGAAAGGUUUCACGUGAUGAGAUGCUUCACGUUCAUGGUCUAUGGUAUGGAAUGGAUCUAAGUAUCUUUCCAUGGAGGUUGUUUGGAUGGUGGGUCCCACACUUUGUACACAAGGAAGGUCAUACGUUGUUUUUUUAUUAAAAACAAAAACUCUACAUUUUGCAGCGGAAUCCAUGCUCAACCUAUGGCUCAAUCUCUUAUCAACUUUUAUACACUCUAGUUUUGUUUUUUUUGUUUUUUUUUUAGUGUAUAUUUGGUUUAUAGUUAGUUGAAAUUUAGUAAAGUCAUCUAUUGUAUUCUAUUUUAUGUUCAGUUUUAGAGCCAUAAUCUAAGGCAUCUGAAUGUUAUUUAAUAUUCUAAUUCUCUCCAUGUGGUUCAGUUGAUGCAGAAUUCUUUGAACGUCA